UUUGUUAAUGGUCAAAAUGGAAGAAUAGAAUUGACAAGUAUGCGAUUUUCGUAAUUUAUUUUUGGAUACGUAAAUGUUUAAGGCCCUUUGUAGUGAAAAAGUGUGUUCCUUUAUGGGACGCAUAAGGAAACAUAACAUAUGUAAAGAAUGGUUUUAAAAGUCUCUUAAAGUGUAUUACAACUGAUUGAAAAAUAGUUUCGAAUGAUGAUAACAAAAGAUAUAAAAACUCAUUCUUGUCUCGUUAUGUGUUAUUUUUCGAUACAUGUGUGCAGUUAAGAUUAACAAGUCAUGAACGUUUGCAAAGAGAUUAACUAGAGUAUGUAUACGUAACUACGAGAAAGUGAUUUUAAGGACUGUGACGUCACAAGCGAAAGACAAUAAAUUACACUGCAUGUACAAUGUUUUUUGGUUUUUGCCGGUGAUCAGAAGUGUAUCGGGAGCCGUGGUGAGGGCAGAGUUCGCGGCGGAGUGGUCGGCCCCCGCGAGGAUGGGCGGCGAUGUCUGCCCCCUCCGGAAACGCUGCGAGCCCCUCACCGUGUGCAUGUACUAAUAUAUCGCUUAUGCAAUUGUUCCAUGAACUAAAGCAAAAGUUUCCUGGUGUCCCUGAUCAUGUGGUAUCUAGUACUAUCGAACUGUAUUGCCAUGACAAGCAAGCCUGUGAGACACAUCUCCAUCGGGAAGUCAAGGCCUCCCUAACUCACGCUUAUCAUGCGUCCUCGUCGGCCGCCGCCCGACAGCUCAACGAGCUUAAAGUUAACGUGCCUGUGAAGUGUCGCAACCAGCCUAUAGUUAAACAUGAGGUUGUGAGAACAUCAGCCAUCAAAUCUGUUACUUGCCAAGGCCCACAAAAAGCUAUCAUAAGCUGUAAUUCAACAGCUGAAGAAAAUGAUAAGAAGGUAAACACUGAUGCUAAUCAAAAUGUUGUUGAAGAUCACAUUGAUAAUGAAACAAAUAAAUGUCCUUCUCCUAUCACAAUUAUAAAUAUUGAUAAUUGUUAUGCUAAAUAUAGUGCUGAGUCACCAAGUGAUCCUGAACUCACCAAUGAUAAUAAAAACGAAGUAAACAGAAAUCACGGAAAAGAAGAGACAAGCAUUGAAAUAAAAUCUGAUGCAACACAGCCUGAAAGCACUAAUUACAAAAUUUUAAAAAGCAACAAAAUCAAGUGCAAUUUAAAUGAAAGAUUAGAGAAAGGAAAGGAAAAGAAGACUAUCAAAAAGGAACCACAAACUGUUAAACCAGCGGAAGAGAAGCCCAAACGACCCAACACACUUGAUUUUAUAAAACCCAAUCCAGAUAUUGCAUUUAAAGAAACUUUAAAACAAGAAAAUCCAGAGCCAUGUAGAUCAGUAUCGCCCGCUGUUUCAACACAAAAGGAUAAUCAAAGCAAAGAGAAACCUAACACAUACAGACGGGAAUGUGGUUAUCCGUUAAAUUUAUCUGUAAAUGUUAAUUGUCAUAUGGACUUGAGUCGUUCGUACGUUGAUCCUUGGAUGGAAGAUUACGAAAGUCCAAGAGCUAUUACAUCAGUUAAUUUAACAGUUUGUACACCAACUUCGAACAUGGCUAGUCCAGUUAGAGAGACAAGAGAUGACGACGGAGGUUUCGAAGGGCAUGUAACAGUGACGGUAAGCCCGAGCACCGCAAGGCCACCGAGACGUCGUGCUCCACCGCCCCCACCUCCUACGCAGCCUCCUCCGACUAGACUGGAGUCUCCGAGACCUUCAAGGACUGCCCCGGAACCACCAACAGGGUCAAAUCAUGGGACUAUUGAUCGUUCACUAAUAGAGAGACAAAAAGAGCGCCUGUCAAGGCUUGCUACAGCAUUAGCUCAGGAGAAGAGCAGAGUGGCGCAGCUGAGCCGAGAGACGCAGAUAUUGGCGGCACCUUCGCCCUCCCCCACUGCCGCACAGAGGCUUAAAAACUAUGUUGAACGACUACGCGAUGAAUGUAACACAUUGUCAAAGAGAUUAGAAAUGGCUAACAAUGAGCCAGAAGAUUCGGAUAGCUUCUAUAGGAACAUCUACACUGGUCAGCGGCCGAGCGCGAUGUGGCAGUGCCACAUGUGUACCUUCCGCAACCACGAGCUGCUCACCAAGUGCGAGGAGUGCGAGAUGCCGCGCAUACUCGUAGGUACGUCCCCCUCCAGGAACCACGACUCGGGCUUCGGCUCCUUCCGGGACAGGAACCGUAGGGGCAUCCCGCAGACCUCGCACCUCCAGGUCGAGGAUAUGCCCCAUGUUAGAGAGUCGACGUUCCCCAGUGUGACACAAGCCUUACGAUCACAGAGUCUGUCACACGCUCCCUAAAGUUCACCAAUGUUCCUUCCUGCCUUAAAAAAGUGCCUAUUAUGAGAUAAAAGUGCCUAUAACGAUGCCUAGUCAGUGCUCAGGUAUUUUUGGUGUUAUUUGAAUACUAGAAGAUAACAGGAUUCUGUGUUGUGGUGUUUGAACGUUUUAACCCCAGCAUGUGAUGGCAUGCCAGUAUCGGACGAUUUUGCCGAUGAACAUUGUGGUUUUUGCCCUUGAGAUUGUUCCUGUUUUUGUUAUUGACAUUUCAGAAUUGUUUGCAUGUGUGUUCGUAUAAUUGACUGAUUUUAACCAUUUAGGCUAAGCUUAUGUGUAAAUUUGAUUCUGUCCACAUUUGAAGUUUUAUUAGUAGUUACGAAUUUACGAAGGCUCUAGGGUAUUUUGAUUAUUAAAUUUAUUUAAAUUUAAAUUUUCUAUGGUUAUUAGAAUUAAGUUGAUUAAUGAUGAAAUAAGAGAUUUAUAUUUUUACAAAGUUAGUACUUUAUAAUUUUAAUGGAAAUUACUAGUAUGUUAUUAGAUAAGUUACGUUUAUUUAUUGUUCUUAGUAUCAAGGUGAAUUACAUUUGAACAUCACAAUUGACUGGUCAAACAAGAGGCAUUAUAAGAUCUCAAUAUAAGACUACAACGCCUUGCCAAAAAUCUGUUUAAAGUAUUUAACAUGAAAAAUUAUGGAUUUUUUAUCUUUGCUCAAAGAUUUUCCUAUUGCUCACUAUACACGCCUAAAACUAUCUCACUGUUAUAUUUCUGACGCACAAUGAUUUUGCCAAUAAAAAUAACGUUACUCGAUUUUAGAAACAAAUUGUAUAGACCAACUGAGUGGUCGAACAUUUCCGGUUUUGUUAAUGGUUUAAAAUUUUAAAAUGUGAUUGGCGUAAUCAUAUCUUUUAAUUUUUAUUCACAUUAUCAUAUUGUUAAAAUAAUAUUUAUAUAUUUUUAGUGUAAUGUAGUAUAAAAAUAUUAUGAAAUGGUACAAAACGUCAAUGUGCCUUAAUAAAUUCUAAAAUUCAAUUGUGUGAGACCUAAAAAUACAAUAGAUUCUUAUUGCUGAUAGCUGUUCCCGUGCGAC